AUGCAAAAGUACGAAAAGUUGGACAAGAUCGGCGAGGGCACCUAUGGAACGGUGUUCAAGGGGAAGAACCGGGAGACGGGCGAAAUUGUCGCCCUGAAGCGAGUCAGACUGGAUGAUGACGAUGAGGGGGUGCCUUCUUCUGCACUUCGGGAAAUCUGUUUGCUAAAGGAACUGAAGCACAAGAACAUUGUCAGACUCUACGAUGUCCUGCAUAGUGACAAAAAGUUAACUCUGGUCUUUGAACACUGCGACCAAGAUUUGAAGAAAUAUUUUGACAGCCUCAACGGCGAAAUUGAUGCCGAUGUUGUGAAGAGCUUCAUGUUUCAGCUUUUGCGAGGACUUGAAUUUUGCCACAGUCACAAUGUUCUGCAUCGAGAUUUAAAACCUCAGAACUUGCUCAUCAACAACAACAAUGGUCAACUGAAGCUAGCCGACUUUGGCCUGGCUCGCGCUUUUGGCAUUCCUGUACGCUGCUUUUCUGCCGAAGUAGUGACCCUUUGGUACCGGCCACCCGAUGUCCUCUUCGGUGCCAAACUGUACACUACUUCAAUCGACUGCUGGUCAGCUGGCUGCAUCUUUGCCGAGUUGGCCAAUGCUGGGAGACCGCUCUUCCCAGGCGUCGACGUUGACGAUCAGCUGAAGCGCAUCUUUAAACUGCUCGGAACGCCCACCGAUGAUAGCUGGCCAGGCGUCUCUCAAUUGCCUGACUACAAAAUCUUCCCCUUUUAUCACCCGACGACAAACUUCAUGCAAGUAGUGCCAAAGCUGAAUCCCAAAGGACGCGACCUUCUGCAGAAGCUUCUGGUCUGCAAUCCGGCGCAGAGAAUGUCCGCCGGUGAGGCGAUGCUGCACCCUUACUUCUCCGACUUGUCUUCAUCAGUUCGAAGCGGUUAA